GCACCUGCGGGUGCGGUCGCGGGAUGCGGGGCCCGGGGCGCUCCCUCAGCCCCGCGGGAACGGGAGGGAGAGGGGCCUGUGGGGCCCUCACGAGUGGGACGACGCUGUCCAUCGCUAGACAAGCUGCCGGGAAUAAAUGCAUCGAGUGUCGGCGGCCGGGCUCAGGGUAAAGUUUGUUGAAGGCAACAAUGGAACGAUUUGGCGUGAAGUCUGCUCCAUCACGUAACCGCUCAAAGACUGCUUUGUAUGUAACACCUCAGGAUCGUGUAACUGAGUUUGGCAGUGAGCUGCAUGAAGAUGGAGGAAAACUCUUCUGUACUUCCUGCAAUGUGGUUCUGAAUCAUGUUCGCAAGUCUGCAAUCAACGACCACCUCAAGUCUAAAACACACACAAAGCGAAAGGCAGAGUUUGAAGAACAAAAUGUGAGGAAGAAGCAAAGGACUCUGACAGCCUCCCUUCAGUGCAAUAGUACUGCCCAGACAGAGAAAACAAGCGUUAUCCAGGACUUUGUGAAAAUGUGCCUGGAAGCUAAUAUUCCACUUGAGAAGGCUGAUCAUCCAGCUGUGCGAGCCUUCCUGUCCCGCUAUGUCAAGAAUGGCAGUUUGAUACCGAAGUCAGACCAGCUAAGGAAAGCAUACCUGCCUGAUGGGUAUGACAAUGAGAACCAACUCAUCAAUACUGAAGACCGUUGAGGAGAAAACAGCUUUCAUCAUUGUUGUGAAGUUUUACACAUUGAUGGUGUGGUUUAUUUUUAUAUUCAUGCAUAUAUACAGUGUUACAUAUUGGUUUUACAAGCUAUUUUGUAUUAUUGUAGAAAUGACAAUCUGUCUGUGAACUUAGUGGUAUGCCACAGACUGUUGCUAACCCUGCUGUAAACUGCAGAGCUACGUUGACGUAGAACUCAUGAUGAAUGUAGGGAAUGUACCUGGCAUACAUCUUAUCUGCUCUCAGUCCAGCUGUAAGUGAUGCUAAGAAAAAAGCACUUGGAUGGAGGACCUCACUUACCUAAACUGUGCAUCUAAAUGUACGAGGAAGAUGAUGAUAGGUAUUGUUACUCAUGUCAGUGGAUUGCUUUGUUUAGUAUUCUGUCCAUGAGUGAACAAGAAGAUGUGCUGCACAUUCAAAAUGCAAGAAGCUGUGUAAUGGUUAGUUAAAUAUAAUUGCUGUGUUGGAGGAUUACUAUUGGAAAUUCCUAUUCAAGUUCUGUUAACAUUCUAACACAGGAAACAUUUUUCUUCUAAAAUGCUCUUAUCCUAUUUGCUGCAACUGUGGAUGCCCACUUUUUAAAAAAACUACUCUUUCAUUGUCUUGGUUUAACAUGUCCCCUUCAGUUUCAGUGUCGAUACUUGAAAGUUGAGUAGACAAACCAGUAACUGUGGUUUGCUGGCAAGUGAAACUUAUACAGGACCAAGAUCUUGAUAGAGACCAUUAAUGCCUUUUUCUUACUAGCAGGACAAAGGACGCUAAAUUUAAAUUGGGGAUGGGGGAGGCACUAAAUUGUGGAGUUGAGAAAGCUUUUUUACAGUGCACAGAAGAGGCUUCUCUCUCUUUCUCUGAAGGUCCUCUGUAUCUCCGUGUUUGUCCUUUUAGUCAAAGGAGGAAAAGUGAUUAAAAUAGUUCUCAAAAUAGUUACUGCAAAGGCUAUUCAAUACCUGCAAGCACAAAUAGGAAACCAUGUAUACUUUGAAGCUAUACUGGGUUUACAGUCCUAGGCUGUAUUUCUUACUCUGUGCCAAAGUGACAUCUGUUGGACUGAUAAAACUGAAGUGGGAAAUUGAAAAAUUUUGAUAAUGUUACCCUCUCCAAAAUCUAGCACACUGUUACUAAGCUAUCCCAAAUUAUGCCAAAUAGUUCAUUUACAUCAAGUGCUCUAUGAAGUUUUUUAAUGGAAUGAGGGAGCAUUGUGCGAAGUGCUGGAAUAUGACCAACUUCUCCCUGUUCUGUUCCCCUGAGAUGCUCUGGGUUCAGGGAGGUGCCAAGCGUCUUCUAGCAGCAUAGAAAUCCUCCAGUCAGGGGAUACAGUGGUGUAAGCAUGCUUUUAUUCCCUCAAGGGGAGCGAGCUGUUCUGUUCAUGCUUCCUUUCUCCAGGAGAGUUUCACAGUAUCCAUUUCUCAGUAUUUCUUUAUUCCAGACAUGUACAGUAGUACUAAGUAAUUGCUAAAAAGAGUCAAAAUAACUUGGGGUUUUUUUUGUUUCUGUAGCUAUUUCCCUAGCUAUUUCUAUUGCAGUCUCAUUUGCUGGACUGAGAGAAACUCACGUACUUGGCAACAACCGGGUUUUGUGCAGUUAGGUUCUGUAGAAAUGCACUUGCAUUACAUUCUAACAUAUCUUCUGCUAUGAGACCUGUUUGAAUAAAUGAACGAAACUGAAAAGCAGAAGACUGCCUUUCUGUGUGUACCAGUACACAGGUACUUGGUAUACUGCUGCACCUUUGGUCCCUGUUGAGGCUAGUGCAGUCAUAGCAAUUUUGUGAAUGAUAUUGGUUACUGGUUUUAAACUUCAGACAGAAAUGACAGUAGUAAUUUUUUCUCUAAUCGUAGAUAACAAAAUACGCCUUCCAAGAUACAGUUUGCUAUUGCACAAGCUUGGGCUUAGCUUAAGAUCAUGAACUGCCUUGGGCUAGAACUGUUUUAUAUGUCUUCUUAAGCCAAGUGAAAGGUACAUUGCCAAUAGCCUUUUCUGUCCUGACAGUAAUUGAAAGAGUUCUUUUACAGCUGCAGUUCUAUUACAAUGAAACAACAUCCUUGCUUUAAUUUAUUUUUUUUACCUUAUGAAUGCUAUCUUACAAUUCAAGCAAAUACAAAACAAUGGAAUACUGAGAAAAUGGGCUUCCAUUAAAGAAAAGCAUCUAGAGAAGAUGGUAUGAUUAAAAGUUAUGAAUUUGUGCUAGUUAGCUCAGGUUUUUGCUAACAUAGGAUCUCACAGCCUGCAACCCAUAACUGUUUUAUAUAGGAUUCAAUGCUGUAUGUUUUUCCUUUGACUAGCACUGACAGACAUUUUUUAAAAGCUUAAUGGUAACAUUAAAUAGGCUCUUGCAGAACUGAAAGAAAAUCAAGUUACUUUGGCUUAUACAGUUUUACAUAAAAAUAAAAGCAGCAUUGAUGGCUUUUGUUAAAAAAGCCAUUCAUUUUCAGUAAGGCAAAGCAAUAUUAGAACACUUAGUUUCUCAAAAACUUAUUCUGCUUAUAAAGCACGCUGUGUACAGAGCCCUAAUUUACAGAAUAAAUACAAUUCUGUUAGUAUUUUCUGUAAUUAUGUUAGUACUAAUUUAUUUUUAAUGCAUGGGUUAUGAGCCUGGAAAGAACUUUUAUCAGUGUAGCUAUAGGCUACCAACUUGUAACAAUUUGGAAGCAAGAAUUGGUCAUCAGGCUUUUGGAUGGAACUGACUUAAUUCCAAUGCACAGCAGUUUGUAGGAUGCUAGUGUCUUAAUAAUAGGAUAUUUUUUUUGUUAGGGAGAAAAAAAGCCACAACAAUUUUCAAGCUUUUGAAAGUCAAGAUGUUGAUCCAUUUCAACAAAAGUUCAUAAUGGAGUAAAACAAUGAAAAUUAAAGCACUUCCAGAUAAUCUGGAAAGAAUAAUGAUUAAGUAAGUUUAUGUUUAUGGCCAUAACCCAGAUCAUCAAGAAGACAGUUACGCUUAUUUUCUUUAAAAGUAAAUAUGGUUCCACUCAGUCUUGGAACAGAGCCCUGCAAACACUCAAGUUCAGAACAUAAUUCUGCCAGUGUAGCUGUAGUUGGAUAAAGCAUAACCUUGUUUUAAUUGCUGUUGAUCUUGGGGAAUAUUUACAGUGAAAGUUUUCGGGUCUGUUUAAAUCUAAGUAAUAACUAAUUCCUAGAACAGAGGCUGUGGUUAAGUUGUUUAAACCUCCAUGGGGUUUUCUUUUUUCUGCAAGAAUACUGCAUUAUUUUGCCAUGUAUUUCCUGUAAAGAGUAGUCUCAGAAGGAAAGAGGAUAAUAACGAUGUCUGCUUUUCAUUUUACACUCAUACGUAGGGACAAGGUAUAAGGGAUACUUUUUGCUAGGUGGUUUUAUUAAUAUAUUUGAAGCUCUAAAUGUAAUACAAGGAAAAAAAGAAAAAUAAGAAAUACUUUCUUCUCUGACCAUGAACUUGCUUUAUUUUAGCCAACUCACAACUAAAAUUGCUCUGAAGUGCUUUUCUGGGAACAAUACUUCCAAAGACUGAAAUACAAAUGGGAGCAUUCUCUUUUGUGACUACUCAUGUGUAUGCACCAUGUUAGUUUCAGCUUGCAUGUUCUUGAAAAAACAUGAGCAAGUUCUAAUACUUUUAAGCAUUUUAAAGCCCGUAAUUUAGCAGGUUCCUAGAGGAGGUGAAACAUUCGCCAAAAUGAAAGGAAAAGCUGUUUUUCAAUUGAGAGAGAAACUUGGUUCUGCAAAGUAUGGGAUAUUCUCAUGACAGAAGGACUACUUUUAGCCAGAGCUCCUUUUAGCAAUUCUGUUGAACUGAACAGUGAACUGCUCCCUGCUAGGUUUUGCAGCAUAAUGAGCUAGUUUUCAGGGGAAAAAAAAAAUAUGCUGAAGGUUUGGCAAGGAUAAUCUCUAUUUAUAUUUACAUAUACAGAGAGGCAAGACUCACUGUUGCUUUGUUCACAUUGUACUCAAUGCUAACUUUGUGUAAUUUGAGUGCUUGUUGUCUUUGUACAGUUUGAAGGUUGUGUCUAACUUUCAAAAUAGGGGUUUUUUUAACUAAGCUUCUCAUUGUAAUAAUGCUGUAAGAGUUUAGUCUCUUUUUGGGCUAGUGAAGACGCUUUAUUUUUGGUUUGGUGGUAAGAAAGUUUUACUGAUGGUAAGUGGCCACAGAAAUGGUUUUAUUUAAACAAGUGAUGAACUUACAAUUAGAUAUUAGAGGGAAAAUACCAGGGUUAUGCAGUGCCACAAGACUUCCUGUUAGACAAGUAAGACCAGAGUAAGUGAUUUAAGUUUUUAUAUUAAAAUAUUAUUGUAAGAAAACUACUUUACUUUGUAAAGUUUUCACUUGGAAUGGAAAAAAUGGUCCUUUUUUAAAAAAAUAAAGGAAAUUCUUUUUCAUAUAAUUUACUCAUGAUCUCUUAUUUUGCCAAGAAAGUGGCUAAAGAACACAGUAGUUCACAUAUAUGAUAAUGUAAUAUAGUAGAAAGAGAUGCUGUCAGGAAAAAUUAAAGAAUGUAAAAUUUUUUUUGUUCUGACUUAAAGUAAUAUCAAGCUAUAUGUUGAAGCAGUUUGUUGAUGUCAUUAAACUGAAGUCUGUUUUAGAAUGGUUAUACAGAACUGUUUCCUGUCAAGUAUGUGACUUUCUCCUUCGUGUCAGAAAGUGCCUAAUUAUGCCUUCUGUUGCAAGUGAACACCAAAUAAAGUAAUUCUUACGUGUUUUGAUACUGCAAUAGAAGAUUUGUAGGAAUAGGAUCUUGCAGCUGUCUAAUACUUCAGGUCUGUUCAGGAAGAGCUUUUGUAAUGUGGAAGAAUUGGGUCUUUCCAAACUAUCUGCAAAAAGGUCCCAGUUUGAUCUGUCUCCCUUAGGGACUGCAUAAAAAUUUAGCAAAUAACAUCAGCCCACCAAAAUUAUCAAGCAUAGGUUCAAUUGUUUACAUGUUCCAUUUCCUCAGUUCUUAUCUGGCUUGACAUCUCGUGAUGUACCAGUGAUAAGCUCAUGCAACCUCUCAACUCUUGAAUUUAUCAGUCAUUACUUCUUUUUCAGGUCACAGCACAUUAAGUUGCUUUUGUUGUCUUUAUACCAACUGGAAAAACAGAAUAGAAAUAAACAUAACCUACCCUUUUGUAAAGUUUUCUUGUGUGGACAAUUGCUCUUUAAAACAGUAUCUGUAUACUUGCAACAUCAUCACAUUGGAAAGGAUUUGUGUGGAAGCUGAUGCAGAAUCAGGUGAAGAAUAUAUUUAAAGUUUAGUAAUUAGGCCAUGCUAAAUUCUUACAAUGACAUUUUACUUUGCUAAGUGAAAUGUACUGUUUAACCCACAUCCAAGAUGCAGUAGGAUGCAUUAUACAUAAUAGCUU